CCGUCUCUCUGAAUUGACCGUCGAACUAGUUUGUUGUUCUUCGAGUCUUUUCUAAAACAAAUCCCACCGACCAGUGGACUGACUGGAGUCAACGAGGAUACUAGCUGGUCAUUGACUCGUGGCUGGUGUUGUAUAACAUACACACUCUGAGAGAUAUUAUAUGAUAUAUUCACCAGGUGAAACAGGAAGGUUGAAUUUGUCCAAGAAUUCCGCAUAUAACAGAAGUAAACCGUGGUCAUUGAGGAGCAGAGGAGACGUGAGGAGGCUUUGUUGCAGCGGAUGACGUCAUUGUCCAUGCGCAGUCGCGGCAUCUACGCAGCUUUGACGCUCACCAACACCCCGGUCAGAAUCGAGGACAUGGGACCGUGAAAGUAUGGCGGAUGCUGAGGAGCCGGAGAAGAAAAGAAGGCGAAUAGAGGACCUGACUGAGAAAAUGGCAGUUGAUGGAGAUCACAAUUGGGACGGGCGGUGGAGCCACGUCCAGAAGUUUUUGGAGCGUCCGGGCCCAUUCACCCAUCCUGACUUCGAGCCAAGCACUGACUCUCUGCAGUUCCUGUUUGACACAUGCAAAGUACUGGUCAUUGGGGCUGGAGGACUUGGCUGUGAACUCCUGAAGGAUCUGGCUUUAUCUGGAUUUCGGAACAUUCACGUGGUUGACAUGGACACGAUCGAUCUUUCCAACCUCAAUCGUCAAUUUCUAUUCAGGCUCAAAGAUGUUGGAAGACCAAAAGCAGAUGUAGCCGCUGACUUCAUCAACAGCCGGAUUCCUGGCAGCAACGUUGUCCCACACUAUAAAAAGAUCCAAGAAUUUGAUGAAUCCUUUUACAAACAGUUUCACAUCAUUGUCUGUGGGCUGGACUCCAUCAUUGCAAGACGCUGGAUGAAUGGAAUGUUGAUAUCCCUCUUGAGCUACAAAGCUGGGAGGCUGGAUCCCAGCUCCAUCAUCCCACUCAUCGAUGGAGGCACAGAGGGCUUUAAAGGAAAUGCUCGUGUGAUUCUACCCGGCAUGACGGCGUGCAUCGACUGCACACUGGAGCUCUACCCACCACAGAUUAAUUUCCCGAUGUGCACCAUCGCCUCCAUGCCGAGGUUACCGGAACAUUGUAUUGAAUACGCCAGAAUCUUGCAGUGGCCCAAAGACAAACCAUUUGGAGAAACUAGUUUGGAUGGCGACAAUCCGGAGCACAUCCAGUGGGUGUUUGAAAGAGCACAGGAACGUGCCGCAGAGUUCAACAUAACGGGAGUAACUUACAGACUCACUCAAGGUGUUGUGAAGCGGAUUAUUCCUGCGGUGGCCUCCACUAAUGCUGUCAUUGCUGCUGCCUGUGCGUCUGAAGUCUUCAAAAUUGCUACAAGUGCAUAUAUGCCUUUAAAUAACUACCUGGUCUUCAAUGACGUGGAUGGAUUGUACACUUACACGUUUGAAGCUGAGCGAAAGGAGAACUGCUCAGCUUGCAGUCAGGUGCCACAGGAUCUUCAGUUCUCGCCCUCAGCCAAACUCCAGGAGGUGUUGGAGUACCUCACGGGACAUGCCUCACUACAAAUGAAAUCUCCAGCUAUCACAACAACUCUGGAAGGGAAGAACAAGACUCUGUAUUUACAGUCGAUUAAGUCCAUCGAGGAGAGAACCAGGCCCAACCUCUGCAAGACUCUGAAAGAGCUCGGCCUCUCGGAUGGACAGGAGCUGGCGGUGGCCGACGUCACCACACCACAGACGGUCCUCUUCAAGCUGAACUUCACCACCUGAGCCGUCGUCUCAAUGCACUGAUGUUAGGAUUGCCGGGAGUCAUGCACUCGUGGUUUAGGGUCGGCCGAUAACUCCACACGUUUUAUCUAUCAGUGACAUUGUUUACUCCUUUUGUGUAUUUUGUUAACCUGCAUUGUGGCUGUUUAUUUGUGUUAGUCUGAGAAUAUUGUGUCCGAUGCUGCAAUAAAGUUUUAUUAUAUUGGA